GCGAUAUUUGUAGCCAGCUAAAAAUCCGUGUGCCAGGUCCUCAGCCUCCGGUUGUCAUUGGUGAAUGACCGAAGAUGUCUCACAGCAGGUUGUUUGCCAGGCUGCUUUUGCAGCAAAGUGGAGUCAGGCACUGUUAUACGGGAUCAAGAAAGAACCUCUACAUCAACAAGAACACGAAGGUCAUCUGCCAAGGUUUUACAGGGAAACAGGGAACGUUUCACAGUCAGCAGGCUCUCGACUAUGGCUCCCAGUUAGUCGGAGGUGUUUCCCCCGGCAAGGGUGGUAAGACUCACCUCGGCCUACCUGUCUUCAAUUCAGUGAAGGAGGCAAGGCAGGGCACAGGAGCAGAUGCCACUGUGAUUUAUGUGCCCCCUCCAUUUGCGGCGGCAGCUAUCAUCGAGGCCAUUGACGCCGAGAUGCCCCUGGUGGUCUGCAUCACUGAGGGUAUCCCCCAGCAGGACAUGGUGAAAGUUAAACAUAAGCUCCUGCGCCAGGGCACCACCCGCCUCAUAGGCCCCAACUGCCCAGGAGUCAUCAAUCCUGGCGAGUGCAAGAUUGGGAUCAUGCCAGGCCACAUUCACAAGAAAGGAAGGAUUGGCAUUGUGUCUAGAUCCGGUACCUUGACAUAUGAAGCUGUGCACCAAACUACACAAGUCGGCCUGGGCCAGUCACUCUGCAUUGGUAUUGGUGGGGAUCCAUUCAACGGUACAAACUUCAUAGACUGUCUGGAGGUGUUCCUGCACGAUCCUAAGACAGAGGGCAUCAUCCUUAUCGGAGAGAUCGGAGGCAAUGCUGAGGAGAACGCAGCGGAGUACCUGAAACAGCACAACUCUGGUGCUAAUGCAAAGCCCGUGGUGUCCUUCAUCGCUGGGCUGACUGCUCCUCCCGGCCGUAGGAUGGGCCACGCCGGCGCCAUCAUUGCUGGCGGAAAAGGAGGAGCCAAAGAGAAGAUUGCAGCCCUGCAAUCUGCUGGAGUUGUAGUCAGCAUGUCCCCUGCCCAGCUGGGCAGCACUAUAUUCAAGGAGUUUGAGAAGAGGAAGAUGUUGUAAAUUGUGCGAGAAGGCACUCAACCUUUUACCCCCCUGCCCUGAAAUUGAGAUGAACAGCCUGAUUCUGGAGGUGGAUAUGCCCUACAGUAUCUGUAAAUCCUGAUUAUUUCAACUAAAAUGCGCACAUAGUGUUUAUAUUGUAAUUUCUGCCAUGAACUUGUACCUUGCACAUAAAGACGGAAUAAAUAAUAGUGUCUUAAUGGUAUCCUAAAGAACUCAUUGUACACUAUGUAAGAGCUUUAUAGAUGUGUUUUCUUCCUCCAUACAAUGUUGACAGCUGAGGGAAGGAUGCCAUGGUAACCUUGGUGGUUUCAUUCUGUUAUACUCCUGCUGUAAGACGUAUUCCAUCACUCAUUUCACUGGCUGUCCACCUGAAUAAGAAAAAUUUCUCAUAUCA